AUGAACUCAGAAGAAGAUGUGUUUAGUUUCAUCACCGUGCUUGGCCUCGCCGUAUUCAUCGGUCUUUGCAUCUUGCUCAUUGUUCUUAUAGCAACUUCGGCGAUCAUUCUUGUAAUCUACGUAAUCAUUGAUUGCAUUCUCCGACCAUUCAUAGGAACAUGUCUUGACCUAGAUCUCGAAAUCGGUGUACAAAGAGGCCAGCAACGAGCUAGAAUCGUGACUUACCACGCGAUAUUCCCUACCGAAUUUCGAUUACCAAAUUCCGGGAUCAUAGAAGAGAAAAGAAGACGAGGGUUGAGAAAAAGCGCGAUUGAAACCCUACUUCCGAAGUUACUUGUUGAACAAGAUAACAACCACGAAGAAAACGAAGAUAGGUCAAGAGAAUGCGCGAUUUGUCUUAGUGGUUAUGUCGCAAACGAAGAAUGUAGAGUGUUUCCGGUUUGUAGACAUAUGUAUCACGCAAUCUGUAUCGAUGCUUGGCUUCAGAAUCAUCUUACAUGUCCUAUUUGUCGUAAAGAUUUGCCAGAUUCAUGA